CUGAGUUGGCUGGCGAAACAAACAACAGGACUCUGCAAUCAGACACUGACUUCUCCUUUCUCCUUUGUCUCUGUUGGCCUCAGUUCAUCCGAAAGCUUCGUUUCUGGAAAACCAACAGAGUCCCGAGCCAGCAAGGGGGAAGAAACCGAUGAGCCAGUUGAACACCCGAAGAAGGAAAACAUCUGUUGGCAUGGAAAAGUGAUUAUUUUCCCAAGCUACUGAGUAAAACACCACAGACCUGGCUGUUUCAACUCUGGUUUCUUGUCAGAUUUUGUUCCUCCAGGAAACCUUACAGAAACCUCCACCAUCUGGAACUCAGAAACUCAUCUCGGGGCUGACUGUGGCUUCUAGAACAUGCAGGUGUUCUGCAGAUGUGAGACUGUAUCCCGCAGUCACCAGAUGAAAUCCUAAGCAGAUGCAAGGCUUGCUUUGUGGCCUUAGCUCCCCUGAGUGCAAAGGGCUACUUCUCUGCUAAGUGGCCAAGAGUGGUUGUUGACGUUGUUGUCUGAAUGCUGCACCCAGCCAGUCAUCUUAUUAAGCUGCGAUGAGAAGACAUCUUGAGAGGACCAACCCAACUUAAGGGUGACACAUUCCUGACUCUCUUGGAUUAGGAUUCAACAUGGGGACCUUGUUUCUGUAGCCCCUAACAUCCCUGUAGCCAUUACUAACUCCAGUGUAUUCUUGACAACUGGAAUCCUUGGUGACUUCCCGCACUGAAAGUGAACAAAGAGAAAACUCUAAAAUUCCAGAGAUUCACAGUGGUGCUCGGUUAUCAUUUAUCCAAGACAACGGGAGUCUUCGUGUCUUACAAUGGGCUGGCUCUUUCUAAAGGUUUUGUUGGUUGGCAUGGCUUUUUCUGGAUUUUUCUACCCUCUCAUGGAUUUCUCUAUCAGUGGGAAAACAAGAGCCCCCCAACCAAACAUCGUGAUCAUUUUGGCUGAUGACAUGGGAUGGGGUGAUCUGGGAGCAAACUGGGCAGAAACAAAGGACACCACCAAUCUUGACAAGAUGGCUUCCGAAGGAAUGAGGUUUGUAGACUUCCAUGCAGCUGCUUCUACCUGCUCCCCCUCCCGAGCCUCCCUGCUCACAGGCCGGCUGGGUCUACGGAACGGAGUCACGCACAACUUUGCAGUCACCUCUAUAGGGGGGCUUCCAGUCAACGAGACCACCUUGGCAGAGGUGCUGCGACAGGAGGGUUAUAUCACUGCCAUGAUAGGCAAGUGGCAUCUUGGGCAUCAUGGCUCUUAUCACCCCAAUUUCCGUGGCUUCGAUUACUACUUUGGAAUCCCAUAUAGCAAUGACAUGGGUUGCACUGACGCUCCAGGCUACAACUACCCUCCUUGUCCUGCGUGUCCACAGAGAGAUGGCCUAUGGAGGAACCCUGGGAAGGACUGUUACACAGAUGUUGCCCUUCCUCUCUAUGAAAACCUGAACAUCGUGGAGCAGCCUGUGAACCUGAGCAGCCUUGCACAGAAGUAUGCAGAAAGGGCAGUGGAGUUCAUUGAGCAGGCAAGCACCAGUGGAAGACCUUUCCUGCUCUACGUGGGCCUGGCUCACAUGCAUGUGCCUUUGUCUGUAACUCCACCAUUGGCACACCCACAGAGCCAAAGCCUGUACCGUGCAAGUCUCCGGGAGAUGGACAGUCUGGUAGGGCAGAUCAAGGACAAAGUUGACCAUGUGGCAAGAGAAAACACACUCCUCUGGUUUACAGGAGACAACGGCCCAUGGGCUCAGAAGUGUGAGCUGGCAGGCAGCUUGGGCCCCUUCUUCGGAUUGUGGCAAACCCAUCAAGGUGGAAGUCCAACCAAGCAGACCACCUGGGAAGGUGGGCAUCGGGUUCCAGCACUGGCUUACUGGCCUGGCAGAGUUCCAGCCAACGUCACUAGCACUGCCUUGUUAAGCUUGCUAGACAUCUUCCCCACCGUGAUAGCUCUGGCAGGAGCUAGCUUGCCCCCAAACCGGAAAUUUGAUGGACGGGAUGUCUCUGAGGUGCUCUUUGGCAAGUCACAGAUGGGGCACAGGGUGCUGUUCCACCCCAACAGUGGGGCUGCUGGAGAGUAUGGUGUCCUGCAGACUGUCCGCCUAAACCAUUACAAAGCUUUCUACAUAACUGGUGGAGCCAAAGCUUGUGAUGGGAGCGUGGGUCCUGAGCAGCACCACAUGGCCCCUCUCAUUUUCAACCUAGAAGAUGCUGCUGAUGAAGGGGUGCCUCUACAGAAGGGGAGCCCCGAGUACCAGGAGGUGCUGCAGCAGGUCACCAGAGCUCUUGCAGAUGUCCUCCAAGACAUCGCUGAUGACAACAGCUCCCGAGCAGACUACACUCAGGACCCUUCAGUGAUUCCUUGCUGUAACCCCUAUCAAACUACCUGCCGCUGCCAACCGGUCUGAGGGUUCAUUGUUCCCCCCAUGAGAAACACUACCUGAAAAUUGUAGACAGGUGGGUUUACUUCCAAACUUAGGUGUGGUUAUGGCUGUCUGCUUUAGAAAGGAAGUUGCAGCAUUUGGUUAGGAAGCUACAGCAUUACAGUGGGGACUGUCUCCUCUGCAUGCAGACUUGAGAAGCCCUGAGUGCUGGUACAGUGGACACGGCAUGGUUAAGCACUAGCGAGGAAUGGGGUCAGGUCUGAGCCCUGGGUUUAAAGCUCGGGCAAUGCCUUAAACCUCAAUUGGAAGUUGAAGGUUAAAGUAACCCACAGAACUGUGUGUAACCCACGAACUGACACCAGGCAGAUUCUCGGUCGGUAUUUUAGGUUCUAUCUCGUGUCCCCAGUUUCAGUGGCCAUUUCGGCACAGACUCAUCUGGCUUGCUGGUAUGUAGAGCUUGGCCGUCUUCAAUAUGCAUACACAUCUCUGGGGAUCUUGCAAAAUGCAGAUUCUGGAGGGGAGGGGUCCGGGAGCCUACACUGUUGCCUUUGAGAUGACUUGAGCAAGCACAGCUAAACCAAAGUGAGGUUUUCCCAGGCCUUGGACCAGAACUCAUGACCCUUCUCUCCUGUGGAUGUCAAAUGGAUGUAUUAUAAAGAUUUGAGCGUUCAGGGCUGAAGUGGUGGUCCGUUGGUUAAGAGCUUGACUUGCUUGCUCAGUUCCCAGCACCUACAUGGUAGCAUAAACUGUCUGCAACUCCAGUUCUAGGGGAACCUUGUACUCUUCUCUGGCCUCUGAGAAUGCCAGACACGCAAGUGGUGUAUAUACAUGUAGGUAAAACACUCAUAUAUUAAAACAUAAUCUUUUUAAAAAAAAUGGGUUCUUCCCAGCCCCUAAAAGUUCUAAGAAACAAAAUAAAAAUGUAAACAACUCACAAAUGCAUUGC